CAUCUAUGAAUUUCAAUUGCGGUACGUGUUCAUAUGUGGCUCGCGUUCGACGGACCGCACGUAGUCGCUGUCGCAGUCGCAGUCGCAGUCGCCGUCAGAGUCUCAGUUGCUGUCAAUGUCUGCUGAUUACACAUGCACUUAUAAAUAGAGCGACUCGGAAAUUCAAGCUGCGGCGCCCAUACAUCACUCAUAAUAAGCUAAGCCCGCAGUCAGCAAUUGCUUUUGUGAAUGAAUGCCGCAUGCAAGAAGCUCUGGCAGCAGAUGAAGGUCUGAUGCAGCGGCUAUUGAUGUCACACACUGCAAGAACAAGCGUCCAGUCAAACGGAAAGCAACAGCAGCAAACACGGAGGCUGCCGGCGGCCAUCGCCGUUGCACUUGAUGCAAAACGACACCCAGGGCGCGCUCCGAUGGCAACAGCUAAAGCAACAACAGCAGCAACAACAACAGUAACAACAACAACGACAGCAAUAAUGAUGACAAUAAUGACAACAACAAGUCGCUGCGAUUUGGCGAACGGCAUAUGAAAUCAUGUGUAGCCAGAGCGCAUCAGCAGAAAUAAAUAAAUAUAUAUAAAUAUAUAUAUUUAUAGGUUUAUAUAUGGCAGCUA